AGAUGUGGCUGCGGUGCAGGAUGUCAGCAGGGAGCGUGUAGAGUUCGCUGCGUCAGUUGAGAGGCAGCUUCCGAGCGGAGAGGCAAGGAACAAGCAAUUCGAGGCCCGUCGAUCGCGGCUGUACGGUGCGUGUUGUGUGUAUAGUGACAGUACGGCAGCGUUUGUUUAUGAUAUGCCUUCCGAAGAUAGCGAUCGUGUAACUGUUAUGGAGCUGUGUGUUAGCAAGGAGUGGCUGCUACAAGAACUCCGGUCAGAUCCAUCUCGGCUUGUAAUAUUAGAUUGCCGCAGUUCAAACGAAUACGGCGAAUCUCAUAUAAGGCAUGCUCUAAAUUUCAGUAUUCCUAGUAUAAUGUUAAGGAGAUUGGCGGCGGGUAAAAUUGAUUUGUUAUCAACGAUUAAAUGCCGUGAUUUAAAAGCGAAAAUUGCUAACGCCUAUAAAGAGAAUUUAUUUGUUUUGUAUGGCGAUUUCGUAGUCACAGAACAGCAACAGAGAAGCCAACAAGCCACUUUCACAGCAAGUGAUACUCUACAUGUACUUGCUAAACGUUUGACACAAGAUGGCUGCCAAGUCGUGUGCUUGGAAGGUGGCUUCUCUCAAUUUCGCUCUUGCUACCCGGAAUGGUGUGACAGUUGUAGUGAGCUGGCAGGUGAUGUGAGCACUGGCCCAGGUGCUGAGUCUGUUGCUGUGCCUCUCAUGGGGCUCCGCAGCCUACGGAUUUCACCAGCAUUGCAGACCUGCAAGAGGCAGCACCAUCAUUUGGGUUCUUCAUGUGGUAGUUCAUCUUCUGCUGCUACAAGUAGCACAGACUCUUCAGAUUCAGAUGACCGCUGUGAUUCAUCCUUGGGUCUAGAAGAAGAUCGGGACUUCCCUGUUGAGAUAGUUCCACACUUAUUUCUGGGCAAUGCAUCAAAUUCAGAGGACAGGGAGUCACUAAACAGGCACAGCAUACAGUACAUUUUGAAUGUAACGCCUGAUUUACCAAAUGUAUUUGAGGACUCAGGAUCAAUUAAGUAUAUGCAGAUUCCAAUAGCAGAUCACUGGAGCCAGAACUUAGCUAGCUUUUUCCCAAAAGCAAUAGAAUUCAUAGAUGAAGCCAGGAACAACGGGAAGGGUGUCUUAGUACACUGUGUUGCAGGAGUUUCUCGCUCUGUCACGAUUACAGUUGCCUACCUCAUGAACAAAUUAUCACUUUCUCUGAAUGAUGCAUUCAACCUUGUACGGAGCCGUAAGUCAAACAUUGCACCAAACUUUCAUUUUAUGGAGCAGCUUCACAACUACGAACAAGAACUUUCUCGGCCAGCCGUCUGUGUGGAAGAACCGACCCAAGCUGCUGCUUCUACCAGUACAGAGACAGGGCAGUCUGGAUGUCACAGUUGUGGAGGAGUUCAAUGUAAAUGUGGUGGUGGCUCUCACUUUCUGAGCCCUGUCAAUGUUGGAACAAGUCCUGAUUCUGGAAUUGAGUUUGAUCGUUGGACGUCUGCACCCAGUGAGUGAGACCGGCCGGGGAAGACACAAUGGCAGUUCUAAAAGCAGUAAAAUCUGUUCAGUCAUGUGUCCUCCCCUUAAAAUGUUAUACCUUUCAAUUGUUAAA